CAGCGAGGUGACGCCAGACAGUCUGAGACGAUGGGGCUGAUGGACGUGGCCUCGCGUGAGGUUUGUGGAUGUCUUAAGCGAAGCGAGUAGACCUUUGGGUUGUGUGGGUCGACCACCCUUCGCAUUGUGGUGCGAGUUGUCCGGAUAAUUGCCAAGACGGUUAUUGUGGGUGGUUGGUCGCGUUCAUCUUUCGAAACUCUCAGUCGGAAGGCUCGUGGCUCAAGGUGCAUGCGCGACGAGGACAUUUGGCUGAAUCUUACAGUGGCUCUGGUGUGCUUCCUCGUCAUCCUCGCUCCUUCCUUCUUGUUCUCGGUCCCCAAAGAAAAGCUCACACAACCCGACGCGAAGCACCACAAGAAGAACGAAUAGCGUCGAUGUCGUCCCCAACUGCGUGGGAAGGUGUGGUGGCCGGCUCUGUGGCAGGAGGAUUGACGCGGGUGAUAGCAGCCCCGCUCGAUUUGCUCAAGAUUCGGUUCCAAGUCCAGGUUGGCGUCAAGUCGACCAAGUUCCCCCGGCACUACAUGAGUUUGGUGCAUGCCUUGUCUACAAUUUACAGAGAAGAAGGCCUGCGAACGUUUUGGCGUGGCAACGUUGCUGCAACACUUCUUUGGGUGUCGUACUCUGGAGUUCAAUUUGGGACGUAUCAAGCACUGCGCAAUGUAUUGGUUGACGUCGACGGCGAUGGUCAUGAUGGGAACCACUGGGCUUUGAACAGCCUUAUCGGUGCAACCUCCGGAGUGGUUGCCACUGUAUCCACCUAUCCAUUCGACCGGUGUCGAACCGUCAUCUCCAGCCAAGGGGUGCCAAAGGUAUACCACAACAUGCGGCACUUCUUCGCUGCCUCCAUUCAACGGGAAGGAAUCAAGGGCGGGUUAUUCAAAGGCUUGGGCCCGACUGUGUCCCAGAUCAUUCCGUACAUGGGAUUGAGCUUUGGUAUAUACACCACACUCAAUGAAGUUACUUCUAGCUCAACGCAGUCCCGGUUUCGAUGGAUGUUGCAGACCGUCGGGAACGGUGCCAUCGCCGGCUUUGUCUCGAAACUCCUCGUGUACCCGCUCGACACGAUCAAGAAGCGCAUGCAAAUGCAAGGCGUCCCGCGGCAUAUUGACUAUGGCUACAUAAUUCCGUCCUAUUCUUCUUCGCUACAAUGCGGUCGUGACAUCUUCCGCCAUGAAGGCCUCCAAGGAUUGUACAAAGGCACGAUUCCAAGCUUGAUCAAGUCGAUGCUUACCCACAGCUGCACGUUUACCAUCUACGAAUUCACAGCACAUAGUCUCCAUUGCCUGAAUGUUCUAAGCCAGUAAUCCAUCGGGUCAGUAUUCCGUUGCAA